AUGUCUCUUCAAUCUAAUUCACAUGAUGUCUAUUCUUUUGCAGACCUCUUCGGUGCUGAACUCGAAGGGAGAAGUGGAAGUAUACAGGCUGGAUUAAAUUUAGAAUUUCUCAAUCUCUAUCAACCAAUAGUGGAUAUAUUACCUGAAGGUCCUAAUGGUCUAUUGGCUAAUUUAGAUCUAACUAAUACUGUUGUACGAUUGGCUGAAUCACAUUCUAUAGUAACACGAGUAAAUCGUCAG